ACUUUUUUUAAAGUUGGGCCGGGAGAGUUGUAGCUUGCAGCUGUGUCAUCGUUUAACCAUUAAACCAUAGUGGCCACCCCCUGUUUGAUUCCAAUUCCGUUGUUGACUUUGUUCUUCUCAUUAAUGUCUGACCACUGGGACUUUGACUGAACCAGCAGCACAGGAGAUUCUGUCUUAGUUGUGUUCCUAUCCAUAGAGGAUGUUGGUGAGGAUCCUUGUUCUGCUCUACCUGGCGGGGGCACCAGCCCUAGCACAAACCCUCUGCCAGCCUAAUGCAUCAAAUGGCUACAGAGUGCGAAUCAGCAUCAAAACUGCUUUGGGAAAUCAGGCCUAUGAAUGGAAUGAGAAUGAAAUGUUCCUUUUCCGAGCAACUAUGGCCUUUGCCAUGAGGAGGUGCUACAAAACAGAAACUUACAAUGUCGACAACAUUAUCGUGUGUAAUCAGACUCUGAGGGUGUCCUUCUGGUUUGUGGUGACAUCACCAGAAAACUCCACCAUGCUUAUUCCUAAGGCAGAUGUGGAGAAAGCUGUGAGCAUGUCAAGGCAUCGCAUCAACAACGCCUUCCUCCUGACAGAUAGGACUCUGGAGUUUCUGGGCAUCCACCCCACACUGGCAGAGCCAGUCAACCCUGACACCCCUCCCUGGCUCAUCGUGUUUGGAGUGGUCAUAGGGGCUGUGUUUGCUGGAAUCAUCGCCCUGCUCGUAUCCUCUCUGCUUCAAAAGAGACGGAAAGAGAAAGGGAUGAUGGAGGAUGGGCAGGAUGAAGAGGACAUGCAGGUGAAAGGAGUGGAGAAUGGCAACGUCCUGGACGGCAUCUACAACAGAGGAUUCACAGAUGACGAUCGCUUCACAAAGCUGUAAAGGCUUCCCCUGUAAAAUGCUACCAAGCAAGCACAGGAUGGGCCAAGAGACAUUAAAAACCAUUACAAAUAGACUUUUAUGCACUGUGUCUACAGUUUAAAACUGCAUUUGCUGUUUAUUUUGGUUGUGUUUAAAACGAUUUUGUGCCCAAUAUAAAUAAAUGGUAAAUAAUGUAUUGUGUCAUUUUGGAGUCACUUUUAUUGUAAAUAAGAAUAGAAUAUAUUUUUAAACACUUCUACAUUAAUGUGGAUGCUACCAUUUAUAUUGGGCACAAAAUAAUAUGAAAGACAGCAAAUGCAUUCAACAAUUUGGAAAGUCACAAGCUUGAUGUAAUCAUUGCAUGCUUUGGACUAUUUUUAAUAAUACACAUAGGUGAAGUGGUCCCAAUACUUUUGGUCCCCUAAAAUGGGGGCGACUAUGUACAAAAAGUGCUGUAAUUUCUAAACAGAUCACCCGAAAGUGAUGUAAAUACCCACAAAUUAAAGCUGACAUUCUGCACUUUAA